GUUGGUAAGGGAAUCAUCUGUCAUGACGAGUUGGGAAUGGAUACAAUCGCAGAAGAAUUUGAUGUGGAGAGGCGUAUAACAGUUUUUUUAGUUUAUGUAUAAAAUUACAAAAUUAAAAACAUGUCAUCAGCACAUUUAUCGACAGGCCGUUUAAAUAUAGGAAUUAUACAAGAACAAGCAAGGAAACAAUUACUUUGUUUACUUGAAAAAUGUGAUGGUACAAAGGUAAUUAUAUGGGAUCAGUCGCUUGGUGGACCAAUUGGUCUUGUUGCAAAAUAUAAUCUACUUGAGGAACAUGAUGUUGUUGGGAUAUAUCAAUUAACUGGUGGAAGUCUGACAAUACCAUCAAACAUUGUCAAUAUAAUAUUUAUUACUAGACCUCAAUUAAGUCUUAUGGAUUUAAUUGCUGAAAAUGUCCAUGGAGAAGAAGGAAAAAGACCACGCAAAGAAUUUCAUUUAUUUUUUGUACCAAGGAAAAGUUUUCUGUGUCAAAAAAAACUUCAAAAUCGAGGUGUUUUUGGUAGUUUCACACUUAUAGAAGAAUUAAAAUGUGAUUUAUUUCCUUUCGACAAUGAUCUUCUUUCUAUGGAACUUAGUGGAUCAUUUAAGGAAUUUCAUUUGGAAAAUGAUCCAACCUGUUUAUAUGAAGUAGCACAAGCCAUUCAUGGUUUGCAAAGAUUAUAUGGGAAAAUUCCAAAAGUGACAGGAAGAGGUCCUGCUGCCAGUAAAGUUUGGGAGUUAUUAGAGAGAUUAAAUCGAGAAGAAGAAGAUAGUAAAAUAUCUGUUCAAUCAUCCGCUAUAGAACAUUUAUUAUUAUUGGAUCGAUCUGUAGAUUUACUUUCACCUUUAGUUACUCAGUUAACGUAUGAAGGAUUAAUAGAUGAAAUUUUUGGAAUAAAAUGCAAUUCUGUACAGUUACCUGCAAGAAGAUUUCACGAUUCACAAGAUCCUCCAACAUCAUUGUCUCUUAAUGAAAAAGAACAAAUUAUCUUAAAUUCUGGUGAAGAGUUGUUCGCAAAAAUUAGAGAUAAAAAUUUCAAUGGAGUAGGACCUUUUCUUAGUAAAAAAGCUAGAAUUAUUUCAUCACAGUUUGAUGAAAGACACGGAGAUAAAAGUGUUCAAGAAAUUAAACAAUUUGUAGCACGGUUACCAUAUAUGUUAGCUACUAAGCAAUCACUAGCCAAACAUACAACAAUAGCAGAAAUGAUUAAAGAAGUGACAGAUUCGAGUAGUUUUCUAGAAUCAUUACAAGUUGAACAAGAACUAUUGAACUGUAUUGAUACAGAUAAACCAAAUGCUUACAUAGAAGACAUGAUUGCACAACAACAACCACUUCUUAAAGUCUUAAGAUUGCUUUGUAUACAGUCAUUGACAAACUCUGGACUUAAACCAAAAUUAUUAGAUUAUUACAAAAGAGAAAUAAUACAAUCAUAUGGAUAUCAACAUUUGCCAACUAUAUUAAAUUUAGAAAAAGCUGGAUUAUUAAGACAACAACAAUCUGCGCGUCAGUAUGCAGUUUUACGAAAAGCAUUAAGGCUUACAGUUGAAGAUGAAAGUGAAAUUGAACCAAAAGAUAUUAGUUAUGUUCAUUCUAUAUAUGCACCAUUGAGUGUACGAUUGGCAGAGCAACUCGUGCAACCAAAUGGUUGGCAAGGUUUAAAUGAUGUUAUGGGAUUAUUACCAGGUUCUACUAUUAGUAGUACUCCAUGUAAUGUUUUACCUGGAAGAAAAAAUUCUAUUACCAGUGAAGAUUCUAAUUCUGAACCACCGAAGUUAGUAAUGGUUUUUUUCAUUGGAGGAUGUACAUUUGCAGAAAUUUCUGCUUUAAGAUUUUUGUCUCAGCAAGAUGAUUUAAACGUAGAGUUUGUUAUCUGCACUACAAAACUAAUCAAUGGAAACACAUUCUUAAUGUCAUUAAUGGAGAAUUUAGAAAGUACAUAAUCUAAAUAUUUCUACUUUAUUGAUGAUGUUUAAACAUUUGCUCUAAAAAUAUAUGUACAUCGUUCAAUGUUAUAAGUGCAUUUAGUAAAAAUAAGAGUUUAUUUAUAAACAUAUAUUGUACCUUUAUAAAAAAAGGUAACACAAUUUGAAAAAUUUUCUAAACUUAAUUAUAUAUUAUAAAAGUAAUGUCAAGUACACAAAAUUGAAGUUAUAUAAUAUGUUUGUAAGUGUAAUUUCAUUUGCUUAUUAUCAUUAUUUUUACAAUAU